AAAUUCUGCUUUCCACAUCAUGGAGACAGAACAGAUUAUGGAGGGACAGCCACAGGUUCCAGAAAAUCCCCAUGCUGAAUAUGGUCUCACUGAAAAUGUAGAGAGGAUAGUAGAAAAUGAGAAAAUAAAUGCAGAGAAAACAUCAAAGCAGAAGGUGGAUCUUCAGUCAUUACCCACCCGUGCCUACUUGGAUCAGACAGUUGUACCUAUCUUGCUACAGGGACUUGCUGUUCUUGCAAAAGAGAGACCGCCAAAUCCCAUUGAAUUUCUAGCAGCCUAUCUUUUAAAAAACAAGUCACAAUUUGAGGACCGAAAUUAACUCCAUGAAAAUGAGGACAAUUUGGCUGCUAGACUGAAAUGCUCAUUUGCCGCAAUUUGUCUUCUGCUGUAAAAAUCCUUUGGAACAGCGAUGUUGUCUUUCUUAAUCGCACAGUUUGCUUUAUCUUUUGAAUUAUUUAAUAAAGAACACUUUACACUUGUUCACUUGUUUUAAACUAGCUAUUAAGAGAGAAUUUCAAAAUAAAAUACUGAAAUUGUAC